AUGAAGAGUCUCGUUGUGAUUGGCGCCUUUGUCUUCUUGAUAUCAGCCGCUCCAUUGCAAGAACGAAUCGAACGAGCGAUUGCCGCUUUGCGAGCCGCUGAGUCUGCCGGAGAGUUCGCAAUCAAUACGCCAAAUGGAAUCUACCCAAUCAGCAAGAUCAAUGAGGAGAACAUUCUCAAUGUUUUCAGCUUUCAUCCAUCAAUUGCCGCCGUUGUGAAAGCGAAGAAAGUGAGAGACGCUGGACAACAACCAGCUGCGGAUCCGAGUCCAUAUGAUGCACCACUUGUCGAAACACCGAACAACGUUGAGGAGAACAAAGUUGAGGGAACUCCAGCAGAAGUGAAGCCUGAAGAAAAGCCAGCUGAUGCUGGUGGAUACGAUGGCCCAGUCCUUGCUGUUGACCCACCAAAGCCAGAGCCUAAGCUUGAGGAGAAACCGGCUGCCACAGAUGCCACUGGUGGCUAUGAUGCACCUGUAGCUGUACCAAAAGAAGAAGUUAAAACAGAGACUCCGGCUGAGUCAAUGAAACCUACAGAAGAAGUGAAACCAGAAGAAAAACAGACGGAAAAACCAACUGACGCCGGAGCUGCUGAGAGUGGAUAUGAUGCCCCCACUGUUCAAGCUGAACCCAAGGAAAAAUCGGGGCUUGAAGGGAAUAAAGUUGAGGAGAAACCGGCUGGGGAACCUGAAGCUCCAAAGCCCGUCGAAGAGGUGAAAUUGGAGGAAAAGCCGGCAGAAGCUGGAGCUGCGGCUGGCGGUUAUGAUGCGCCUGUUGCUACUGAGGCUACUGAGACUGAGAAAACUCCUGCAGCUGAACCCGAGAAGCCAGCCGACGCAAAACCUGAAGAAAAAGCCGAGGAAAAGCCUGCUGAAACUAGCCCAGUGGCGUCUGAAGGAUAUGAUGGCCCGACUCCUGCUGAAUCCCCGGCUGCAAAACCUGAAGAGCCCAAACAUGAAGAAAAGGAAGUUGAGAAACCAGCUGAUGAGUCGGUUCCUUCCACAGAAGCUGAGAAACCAGCUGCUGAAGAAGCAGUUCCUGAAGUGAAAGCUCCCGAGACCCCAGCUGCUGAAAAGCCAGCAGAAGCAGCAGGAAAUGCUUCCGAAGGUUAUGAUGCACCAGCUGAGUCCGCUAAACCAGUCGGAGAACCAAAGGGUGCAGAGGAAACACCCGAGAAACCAACUGAAGCUGGAGCGGCUAAUGGAUAUGAUGGUCCGGCUGAGAAAGCAGAAGAGAAACCAGCCACUGAAAAUGAGACACCAACUGCUGAAGAGCCAAAAGUCGAAGAAACUGAUAAAGAGACUGUGGAAGGAAGUGGGGAAAAAGCGGAAGAGAAAGAAGAGGCACCGGAAGAAAAGCUCACAGAAAAGAAUGAAGAGCCGGCUGAAGAACCGGCUCCAGUUGCUGAAGAAAAACCAACGAAAGAGGCGGAGAAGCCAGCUGAUGUAGGAACGGCUGCUGAAGGGUACGACUCAGCUCCGACGGAGGGUUCCACACCAGCUGAAGCUGCAAAGCCUGAGGAGAAAUCAGAACCCAAAGAAGAAAAACCGGCAGAGACUGCGGCUAAUGGACCCGCUACUGAGACACCAGCAGUUGAACCUGAAAAGUCAGCUGAAAAAAAGCCGGCUGAGGCUGGUGCUGAAGCUGGGGGAUACGAUGCCCCAGCUGAAAGCCCAACCGAAGCCGCAGAGGUAGAAAAGCCGAAGGAGUCGAAACCAGAAGAGAAAGCUGAGGAAAAACCAGCGGGAGCUGAAGCGGCAGCCGUUGAACCUGAGAAGCCAGCUGAAGGAUACGAUGCUCCAGCUGAGGCUGAGAAACCGGCUGAAGAAGCAAAACCUGAAGAGAAAGCUGAAGAGAAGCCAGUUGAAGAGAAGCCAGCGGGAGCUGAAGCGGCAGCCGUUGAACCUGAGAAGCCAGCUGACGAGGUGAAGCCGGAAGAGAAAGCUGAAGAGAAGCCAGUUGAAGAGAAGCCAUCUGAAGGAUACGAUGCUCCAGCUGAAGCUGAGAAACCGGCUGAAGAAGCAAAACCUGAAGAGAAAGCUGAAGAGAAGCCAGUUGAAGAGAAGCCAGCGGGAGCUGAAGCUGCAGCCGUUGAACCUGAGAAGCCAGCUGACGAGGUGAAACCAGAAGAGAAAGCUGAAGAGAAGCCAGCUGAAGGAUACGAUGCUCCAGCUGAAGCUGAGAAACCGGUUGAGAAGCCGGCUGAAGAAGCAAAACCUGAAGAGAAAGGAGACGAAAAACUUGCUGAAGAGGCUCCAGCUCCAUCAACUGAAGCUGAGAAACCGGCUGCUGAACAAGCUGAGGCUGAGGUGAAAGCUGAGACCCCAGCCGCUGAAAAGCCCGCUGAAGCCGGUGCAGCAGGAGGUUAUGAUGCAGAGAAACCAGCUGAUGAGGAAAAGACCGAAGUGGAGAAACCAUCCGAAUCCGGCCCUACGCCCCCAGCUGAACAACCGUCCACUCCUGUCACUGGUGGAACAGCUCCCCCAGCUGUUGCUCCUAAAGUCGAGCCAACUCUUCCCCCUAUGCCGAUUCCAAACAAUGGAAAAGAUCUUGGAUAUGCC